AUGACCUUUCGAGGUCAUACGAAAAUUGAAAGGUGGAGCUUACAGCCUCAAGGGCACUUCACGGAAGCCACUCCCAAGGCCAUAGAACACCAACAAUUUAAAAAUUUAUUACAAACUAUCUUUCAUUUUUACUUUUCAAGCUCUAACGCCCUAACAGUUCAUGCUCCAAUAAGCUCGAGUAUCAAUGCCCUUGAGCCCUUUUAUGAUCUAGAUCCACAACGUGCCAUUUCACAGCAGCGGCAUGCUGCUGCAAAACGCAGCAGCGUGCAGACAACAGCCCGGGCACUGCUGCCGGUUACAGCAGCGCCUGGCGCUGCUGCAACGGCGCUGGCCAUCGUGAAUGGUGAGAGAGAGAGAGAGAUGCCUACAACCGGGUGGAUUUUUGGGGGCGGGGGCCUGAGAUGUUGUGUGUGUGUUACUUCAUGCGGGAGUUAUUGUCAAUGUUCAAUCACUACACCGAGAGUACCACUUGCAAUUAGUAUUACCGUCCAAAGACUUGAUAUUAAUGUUGUACUAGCUAGUUCAUCUGCUACUACAAUAUCUGCUAAUGUCAAUUCAAUUCCCAUACUUAAUGGGACAAACUUCAAGAAUUGGAAAGAGAACAUAUUGAUUGUUCUUGGCUGCAUGGAUCUUGACCUUGCACUUCGAGUUGAGGAACCCACUCCUCUUACGGAAGAAAGUUCUCCUGAUGAAAGAAGGAACUUUGAGAGGCGGGAUCGCUCAAAUCGCAUGAGUCUAAUGAUCAUUAAGCACGGCAUUCCGGAAGCCUUUAGAGGUGCAGUAUCCGAAGGGAUAACUAAUGCCAAGGAGUUCCUUGUCGAAAUUGAGAAGCGUUUUGUAAAAAACGAUAAGGCUGAAAUAAGCACGCUUUUGCAAAGCUUGAUUUCAAUGAAGUACAAGGGCAAGGGAAACAUAAGGGAGUACAUCAUAGAGAUGUCUCAUAUUGCUUCAAAACUUAAAGGUCUAAAGCUCGAGCUAUCUAAUGACUUGCUCGUUCAUUUGGUAUUGAUCUCGCUUCCUGCAAAGUUAAGUCAAUUUAAGGUCAGUUAUAACUGCCAGAAGGAGAAAUGGUCUCUAAAUGAGUUCAUUUCAUAUUGUGUGCAAGAGGACGAAAGGUUGAAGCAAGAAAGAACUGAAAGUGCUCACUUGGUAAGCAUUUUUAAGGAUAAGGGCAAGAAAAAGAAGAAGGAAUAUGAAGCUGCUCCUAAGGGUCCAGCACAAAAGAAACGAAAGGAAGACAAAGAUACUUGUUUCUUUUGCCACCAGUCUGGACAUACGAAGAAGGACUGUGCCAAAUAUCACGCAUGGCGUGCAAAAAAAUGUACAAUUCUUACUUUGGGCUGCCUGAGCUACAGAAAGCCAAGUGAUGGUGAAAGAUACAUCUAUAUUGGUGAUGGCAAAUCGGUGGAAGUUGAUGUAAUAGGAUAUUGUUGUUCAUUUGAAAACAAUCAGUUUAGUCUUUCUUUAAAUUCCACUAUUAUUGGUACUGGUUCAUUAUCUGCAUAUGAUAACCUGUAUUUGUUUGAUAUUAUUGCAUCAUAUAAUGAGACCUUGCAUGUGGAUUCACGUGGUACUAAACGCAAAUUAAAUAAAGAAAAUUCUGCAACAUUAUGGCACAAGCGCUUAGGUCAAAUCUUAAAAGCUAGAGUUGAACGAAUUGUGUCAGAUGGUAUUUUGGAUUCCCUUGACUUCACGGAUUUUGAUGUCUGUAUCGAGUGUAUCAAGGGAAAACAGACCAAAACAAGGAGAUUAGGUUCAAAAAGAACUUCAGACGUCUUAGAAUUGAUACACACAAAUAUUUGUGGACCAUCCCCUACAGCUUCUUGGAAUAGCCAACAAUAUUUUAUAUCAUUCAUAGACGAUUACUCACGUUAUGGGUACCUGUAUCUCAUACAUGAAAAGUCUGAGUCACUGGACGUGUUCAAAGCUUUUAAAGCUGAGGUUGAGAAUCAACUCAACAAAAGGAUAAAAAGCGUUAGGUUUGACCGUGGUGGUGAGUACUACGACAGAUAUGAUGGUUCAGGUGAACAAUGUCCAGGACCAUUUGCUAAAUACCUAGAGGAAUGUGGAAUCGUCCCACAAUACACCAUGCCAGGAUCGCCUAGCAUGAAUGGUGUAGCUAAAGACGAAACAGAACUCUUAAGGACAUGGUAA